UCCUUGUCUACUCUCCUUCCUCCUACAACCAGAGAGAAGAGAGAGAAACCCAAUUUCAGAUCCAAUCUAGAGAGAGAGAGUAACCCCUAAAAAUGGCCUUGUCAGUAGAGAAAACCACCUCUGGCCGUGAAUACAAGGUCAAGGACAUGUCCCAGGCCGAUUUCGGCCGUCUCGAAAUCGAGCUUGCCGAAGUGGAAAUGCCUGGGCUCAUGUCUUGCCGGACCGAGUUCGGCCCAUCCCAGCCCUUCAAGGGAGCUCGGAUCACCGGCUCGCUCCACAUGACCAUCCAGACCGCCGUCCUCAUCGAAACCCUAACCGCCUUGGGUGCCGAGGUCCGUUGGUGCUCCUGCAACAUCUUCUCCACGCAAGACCACGCCGCCUCCGCCAUCGCUCGCGACAGCGCCGCCGUGUUCGCCUGGAAGGGCGAGACCCUCCAGGAGUACUGGUGGUGCACCGAGCGUGCUCUCGAUUGGGGCCCUGGUGGUGGACCUGACCUUAUCGUCGACGAUGGCGGCGACGCCACGCUGUUGAUUCACGAGGGAGUGAAGGCAGAGGAGGAGUUUGAGAAGUCCGGAAAGGUGCCGGAUCCGAGCUCAACCGACAACGCCGAGUUCCAGAUCGUGCUCACGAUUAUCAGGGAUGGGCUUAAAUCGGAUCCCAAGAAGUAUCACAAGAUGAAGGAUAGAUUGGUUGGUGUUUCGGAGGAGACCACCACCGGUGUUAAGAGGCUCUAUCAGAUGCAGAUCAAUGGAACGUUGUUGUUCCCUGCUAUCAAUGUCAACGACUCUGUCACCAAGAGCAAGUUUGACAACUUGUAUGGUUGCCGCCACUCGCUGCCCGAUGGCUUGAUGAGAGCCACAGAUGUGAUGAUUGCUGGCAAGGUUGCGGUCGUCUGCGGUUAUGGAGAUGUGGGAAAGGGCUGUGCAGCUGCCAUGAAGCAAGCCGGAGCCAGGGUGAUUGUGACUGAGAUUGAUCCAAUCUGUGCUCUUCAGGCUCUUAUGGAGGGUAUCCCAGUUCAAACCCUAGAAGAUGUGGUGUCCGAAGCUGACAUUUUCGUCACCACCACCGGUAACAAGGACAUUAUCAUGCUUCACCACAUGAGGAAGAUGAAGAACAAUGCCAUUGUAUGCAACAUUGGCCACUUUGACAAUGAAAUCGACAUGCUCGGUUUGGAGACAUACCCAGGUGUGCAAAGGAUCACAAUUAAGCCCCAAACUGACAGGUGGGUCUUCCCAGAUACAAAGACCGGCAUCAUUGUGUUGGCCGAGGGAAGACUCAUGAACUUGGGUUGCGCCACCGGACACCCUAGCUUUGUGAUGUCUUGCUCAUUCACCAACCAAGUGAUUGCUCAGCUUGAGCUGUGGAAGGAGAAGAGUACUGGGAAGUAUGAGAAGAAGGUGUAUGUCUUGCCCAAACACCUAGAUGAGAAGGUUGCUGCACUCCACCUUGCCAAGCUUGGUGCUAAGCUCACUAAGCUCAGCAAGGAUCAAGCUGACUACAUUAGUGUGCCCGUUGAGGGUCCUUACAAGCCUGCUAACUACAGGUACUAGAGAGAGUUGAGGGCAAGUUCAGAAGAAAGUGUUUUGCAUACUUUGAUUGACGUUAGAUUGCUAGUUUUUGAUUGUUUUGGGGGUGUUUGGGGGGUUGGAAAGUAGAGAGGAAAGAGUUGGAUUGGUCUCUUCUCUUGAAGAAAAGGCCAAAUUAGGUGUUUGAAUAAGGCUUGACUAUGGUGGGUGUUGUUUUGGAUGUAUUUGAUACUGCUGCUGCAGUUUAAGAAUAUUUUGCUAUAUUGUGUCGUGAUUUUAUGAACAAAAGGGAAAAAAAUAUUUGCCUUUUUUGAGCAA